AUAUUUAAGCUUCAAUACAGCUUUUUAUACGUAUUCAAUGCAAAUUAUCAAUAUUUGCAUCAAUAACCAAAAUUUCUAGUUCUUUUCUCGUGAUCGGUCCAUCAUCAUCAUCAACGGUGAAAUCAAAACAACGCUUGUCGUCUGCCCUACGAAGUAACAUAAACACUGACAUAAUUUAAUAUUUUUUGAACAGGAGAAGCUAACGAAGUUUUUCUUCAACUUCAGUUGUACAUUAAUGGGAAAUCCUCGCCACUCAUAAACUCAGAAGAUAAAGUUUGUGCAUGUGUUCCACAAUGAAUCAACUGCCUUCGAUUCUACUGAGGAUGGAACUGCAUUCCACUAGCGACAUCGUUUCAUGAAUGAGGACAAAUCGAAACAGAUUCUAUGUUAUUAAAAGAUGUAGAUAAGAAAAUAAAAUAUUAAGAGCUGAAAGCAUUGAAUUCAUUUAUCACACAUUAGCUGGUACUCAUAACUCUUCUACAAGAACUGCUUUCAAAUUCUGUUCCCCAGUUAUUGUGCUAUUGAUAAUGGAGAAGCAGCUAAAUUUCGUGCUGAAACUGCCACUGAAGGAAAUUGCUCUCAGACGCGUUGCUGUCGUUUUGUGGAGUUGUACCGAUAUUUUAGCUUUGUUUCAGAAGUUGCCAUUCAAGUUGUUUCCUGACGAUAAAUGUGAAAACGAAUGGCGAGAAAAUGCUGAAAGCAAUGUUAAAGAUAAAGUAUCGAAACUUGUGUUGCCUAAAUCGAUGCUGGAACAGAUAAUGCCUUUCAUUAGACCCAUUGGCUCAGAGAUAUUGAGCUGGAAAAUAUUCCACGAAAAGUAUUUAGGAAUUUGGCGUGACGAUUUCGAUAUAUGUAUCUUAAAACGUAUCUUUUGGACAUCAGCCGGUACGAUAGAUUAUCGAAAAACGGCACAAGAGCUGGUAAGUUUCGAAAUGUUAGACACCGUAAAACGGUACAAAUUGGCUUGUUUGUACUGUUUGGAAGAUAAAAUUCCGACUAUAUGGAAAGAAUUACCUGACAGGAGCAAGAAGUGCUUUUAUAAAGGUGAAGUCCAUUUACAAUCCCAUGAACCUCAAAUGGAUUUUUGUUGGGCUUAUGUUCUUCAAAAAACAGAAUUUGAACUAGAAUGUGCGCCUGGGAGACUAUUUGAAAAUCAAGUCUUAUUUUGCCAGAAUGCCUUUGAAUCUUCAGCAGUGAAAGGUAACCAGGCAGCUACUGAAUAUUUUUUUCAAAAACUAACCUCCGCAGAAAGAGAAGAUUCUUUGGUUCGAACUGCCAAAGCUGUCUUGGCGAACCGUGACGUCGAAACUCAAGGAUCCCUUAACGAGUUUCCAAAGGAAAGACUCACUGAUGUCUUAUGCUAUUUGUUGUUCCUAAUGACCCCUGAUCAGCUAAAUGAGGUUUUCAAUGAGUGCCCUUUCGAGAUUUUAAGAUGCUUCAUUGAUUGGCCCAGACAAGAUUACCUCCCUGAUAUCGCAAAUCUGGUUUUCUCCUUUCCUCCUGAAACCAGAUACGAAAGUUACCUACGUUUCAUUUCUUCGAAGAUUCGUUACACAAAUUUCUAUUGUUCCGACAUGUUCCAGAAAUUUUUCCCGCUCAGUUCCGACGAUUUCAAAAAAUACGUUGUAGAUCGCGAAUGCGAGUCUGGCACUUUAUUUUGUAAAAUUCUGUAUUUUUGUCCGGAGAGUACUAAAAUCAUUUUCAGAAAUGUGGAUGUGGAAGACAGAGCGAGACUUGUCUCUAGUAACAAUUUUUUUUCGAUCGUCGAUCGUCUUAUUAUGGGUGACCAGUGGGAAUUGGUUGAACUUUGCCUACGAGAGGCCACGCUAUCGAAAGAAGACAGGAAGAUACUGAAAGAGAAUUAUGCGGAAUUCCUCAAACUGAGUGAUUUGGGUCUGUUUGACUAUCGAGAUAUUCAUCGGAAAAGAGUCUUUGAAUUCCUCGAUAAAAUGGAUGCCUAGUCUCCUAUCGAGAGCAGCCAUUGUGAUGAGACACAGGCCGGGACUAAAAAAUUAUGCGGAAUUCAUCAGACUGAGUUACUUGGGUCUGUUUGACUGUAGAUAUAUUUAUCGGAAAAGAGUCUUUGAACUUCUCGAUAAAAUGGAUGCCUUGUGAUGAGACACAGGCCGGAACUAAAAAACUGCAUCGAAGUUGAAAAGAAUGUUCUUCUCUAAAACUGUAAAGGAACAUCAUAAAGACUAACUAAAUUUCCAAACCAAAGAUCCUCAAAUGUACAAUUUUGAUGAAAUUGUAAGAAAUUUUUUUAAAUAUUUUCUUUUUAUAAUUUCAUAUACAUUUUUACAUAUUUAUACUUAAAGAAUAUUGUUUCUGUAAUUGACAAUUUUGUGAAGAAUCAU